AUGACUGCAGAUGACCGGUACGCUGGUCACGCGCCGUCUGAGAAAAAUCGCCGUCAGCCGACUUGCAAAGAGGAGUGCUUGGAAGCCGCCAAGGGAAACCACAGCCUUUGCGAGGAGUGCGGUCCUGGCUUCUUCUGUCCCGGGCACUUUGCAGACCUCGAUCUUCGUGAUGAGGAGAUCGAGAAGAUCUGCCGGGCUCGGUUGGAGGCCCAGUGCUUCGAGCAGCUGCGCCCGCCCCGGCCACAGCGGCGCUGGUACGGGGCGGGGACGGCCCUGUGUCUAUUUGGGAACCUGGGUGCGGAGCCAGCGGUGGAAGCUUUCAGGAGGAACGUUGCGCAGGUGCUGGGAGCGGAGCUUUUUCUGGUGUCGACCGAGGCCGGAGAGGCCCAAGUGUCGGGCUUCCAGCCCUGGCGCCGGGUGGUUCUGGACGCGAACUCCGAGGACCCCCAGAGGCAUCUCGAGCAGUUUCCGGGCUGGAGGGACGUCUUUGAGAUUGAAGGCAACUUCGCCGGCGGCAUCUUCUUCCCUGGCUCGGGGUGGUUCCAGGUGCGCAGCCUCAGGCGCUGCAAGGAGCUCAUCGACGAGGAGGAGCAUGUGAGAGGGUAUCGAUAUCGGCAUGUUGUCCUAUCGCGGUUCGACAACAUGUGGCUGGAGCCCCAUCCAGCGCUGCCGGACGGCCAGGGCUGCUGGAUCCCCUGGUACCGUGGUGGCAAUGACUGGGGCGGCUUCAAUGACCACCAUGCUUUCUGUGACCGACGAAGCGCGGAGGUCUACAUGACCGGUCGCUACGACUCCAUCACCGACACGGUGGCACAGCGCAAGCUAAGGGAUUGGUACGAAAGCUGUGGGAAGUUCACGUAUCCGGAGAGCUUGAAUGUGGAGAAGCACAUCCGGUACAUCUUGGAGAAGGCUGGCGUCCCCGUGUUUCGGUUUCAUGGUGGUCCCUUCCGGAGCUGCGGCCGCACCAAAGGGGCUCCGGGUCCGGGAAAAGGCUGCGUGCUCGAGGAGGAGCUUGGGAUGCCAGCGAAGAGCAGCGGAGCUCAACUGGCGGACGCACUCGAGCGCCUUCGCUUGCAGACUGUCGCUGAGCCCCGGCAGCUGCCGCCGGCUGUGAAUCGUGCCGAUAGGGCGAGGUAUGAGCACCACCCUGCAUUCCGCGAUUUCCACAGCCGGCUUUGGCCGGUAACAGAGGAGUACCUCUUCGACUGGACGGGCUUGCGUUGGCCCCGAACCAUCUGCCGACGCGAGGCGACGGGUCCCCGAAGGAGUGAUCACUGGAUGGCGGAACAGGAGAAUUGGAAGUGGCUCUGCCAGGUCAAUGUGGCCCACCUAAGGUCGGGGCUGCAGCUUGCGUACCCGCCCCUUCCCAUGGUGGAUUCGAGUUACUUCUUAGCCAUCGUGGUCGGGGAGGCCGUUCUGAACAGUGAGGCGGAGAAGCCCCGGCCCUUCGUCAUGGGGACUGCCGGAACGAUGCUUGGGCACUGGGCAGCCCGCGCAGGGAAACUCUCCCAGCGAAGGGCUUUGGGACCUCCGCAGAUCUUCGUCGCAGAGGUCGCCGAGAGCGAGGAGUGGUUCUGCAGCCUCCUCUGGCAAGUCUUUCUGGGCGAUUUGCAAUCACCCUCCCUUGGCUGUGGCCUGAGAUCUCUGGCAUCGUUGUCGCUGUGGCUGGAAGAUCAAGCCCAUGUGGACCUCCUCCUCCUCACUUUCAGUGACCUCACCCUCGCCUGGCUCCGGGACUUUGCGGCCCCGCUGCGGGACCGCGUGGAGGCCUUGGCAGUCGUGGACUUGCCUGUGGAGGAGAAAGGCCCCGUCCUCGAGCUCCUCGAUGGCUGGGUUGUGGUCCACGACUCGACGUGCCCGGACAGCUGUUUUGUACAGACCAGCUACGGACCGGUGGAGGUGCACAGAGGCACUAUCAUUGCCAGAUCCUCAGAAAAAAGGCAGCCUUUGGACAGCGGGAUGCAGAGGGUGUCGGUUUUGCUUUCCUAA